AUGAAGGGCCUUGCCUUCCGCAAACUAGGCCGGUCGCCAUCGCAUCGAAAUCAUUUGCUUAGGAAUCUCGUCACAUCUUUGAUUACACAUGAGCGCAUUGUCACCACCGUCGCUAAAGCCAAGGAGGCGGCGCGCCUUGCUGACAAGAUGAUUACUUUGGGUAAGCGAAACACGCGUACGGCUUGGUCUGGUGCUCAGGCAUUCCUAUUUGCACACAAGACAUCGCUUCCACGUCUUGCGGAUGUUUCGAAGCGGUAUGCCGACCGCCCUGGUGGCUACACUCGUAUACACUUGAUGGGCCAUCGAAAGGGUGACCAUGCACCGCGUGCCGUGUUGGAGUUGGUGGACAACCCGACGGACGUGAAGCUGGAUAUAACAGCACGCUGUAUUGCGCGUGAGACGUACAUCAUGCUGCAUCGCGCUCAGAAAAAUAUUAGCUGGGAUGUGUUGCAAGGUCUCAUCAAGGCGCAUGCAGACAUUCCGUUGGAACAGGACACGCGAUUCCAUGAACUUACACGUAAGAAUAUCCGAAAGAUUGUACGAUUCCGUGGUGAUGAAGCACGCACAGAGCUCGCAGAUAAGGCAGCAGCAUACCUCGAGCGCAUGUGGGCCUUUGACACACUUGAGGGCCCACGCCGUCCGGAUACCAAGCUGUGGGAGUCUAUGGAGGCGACACGACCGGCCCGUGGACGUACGCUAAUGCGACCCAUGACGGGCCGGCGCACGCUCGCUGGUCAGUUGCCUGUGCACCUCGCUGCACGUGUCGGCACAGAGAAGGAGAUGGCCGUGCCUAUGCGCCGUUCGGAUCGGACAAUUGCACCUAGGCGCAUUGUGCGCUUCCAAAAGCCCAGUGUCGUGCGUUUGGCGAAGGGUAUCUUUGCCAAGCGCUAUGUGCGUGGCUCGGCCACAGCUGUUCCAUAG